AACACGACACCAUUGAAGAGUAAUAACCGCUCCUGCAGAUCAAUGAUCCCAGUUGCCUAGCAACCAGCUGAUGGGGAGGAUGACGACGAAGGAGGAGGAGAGCGAGUGAGCAAAAAGAGGUCUGGAGAAGGAGUAAAUGGACAAUCGGAAGAGACAACGCAGCCUGGCGCCAAAUUUGCUCAAUACGAAAAGAGACAAAACGUGGCCCGGCUGACCUUUUCCCAUCAGAAGACAACACUGAUUCUACCUGACCCAGUCGAUCAAAAUGUGGCUGGAGAGCGAUGACAAGGCACACCUGAUUAUCCCCCACGCACACUCGCACCCCUACUGAGGAGGAGGAGGAGGAAGGAUUCGAACUCUGCAAUGACGGUGUCUUUUCUCGCCACAAGCUGCGUGUGAGACGUGCACGAGCGCACGAGUGCGCGCAGACACUAAGCCCCGUGGGGAGUUUCUCGCAUGGGAGGAGAGGGCCCGAUCUAGGCCACCAAGAUGGAGUUGGCGCCCGGCACAGGCACGCGUGCUCACCUGGCGCAAGACUGAGAGGGCCAGACGCAGUCAAAGAUGAGAAAAGGAGCUUCGGCGUGAGCCCACAGCACCAUCCAGCAGUCAGGGUCUUUGGGAAAAUGAGGCAAGGUGUCCAGCUCUAGCCUUUGCCCCCCCUCAUCCACCAGGACCACCACCACCAAUCCCCCUUUCCCCCUCAGUGUGUGUGUGUUUGUGUGUGUGUGAGUGAGCAGCACAGCGAGCGUGUGCAUGAGUGUGAUGGCCAUGUGCGUCUGGGCGGCGGCCCCUCUGCUCUUCCUGGGCCUUUGCCUGUGCAGCGCGGGGGGCCAGGCCCAAGGCGAGAUGCUGGAGUUCGGCGGCGUGUCCAGCCAGUGGGGGCGCUUCCCCGUGUGGAACGCCUGCUGCGAGAGCGUGCUGAGCUUCAGCCUGCGGACGCACAGCCAGGAGGGCCUGCUGCUCUACCUGGACGACGAGGGCUUCUGCGACUUCCUGGAGCUUCUGCUGCUGCGCGGCCACCUGCGCCUGCGCUUCUCCAUCUUCUGCGCCGAGCCGGCCGAGCUGCGCUCGGGCGUGGCGGUGAGCGACGGACGCUGGCACGCCGUGCGCGUCAAGCGAGACUGGAAGAACACCUCGCUGGAGGUGGACGGGCGGCUGGAAGGCUGGGCCGAGGUGAAGAGCAAGCGGAGAGACAUGACGGUGUUCAGCCACACCUACGUGGGCGGCGUGACGGCCGAGCUGCGCGCCUCGCCGCUUCGCCUCACCGCGCCGUCGGUGCGUGACCACCCCGCCUUCCGAGGCUGGGUGGGGGCGCUGAGCAUCAACGGCUCGCUGGCCACGCUGGAAGCCUCCGAGGGCGUGACGGUGACGGUGGGCUGCGGGCCCGAGCACCAGUGCCAGAACGGCGGCGUGUGCAGCCUGGUGGACGACCGGGCCGUCUGCGACUGCUCCGACACCGGUUACCAAGGCAACGACUGCAGUGAAGAGCACAGCUACACCCCAGGUCUGGCACACCUGAUGAUUGGCGACCAAGCACGCGAGGAGUACGUGGCCACCUUCAAGGGCUCCGAGUUCUUCUGCUACGACCUGUCGCCCAACCCCAUCCAGUCCAGCAGCGACGAGAUCACGCUCUCCUUCAAGACGCUGCAGCGCAACGGGCUGAUGCUGCACACGGGCAAGUCGGCCGAUUACGUCAACCUGUCGCUGAAGAACGGCGCCGUCUCGCUGGUCAUCAACUUGGGCUCCGGCGCCUUCGAGGCCCUGGUGGAGCCCGUCAACGGCAAGUUCAACGACAACGCCUGGCACGACGUCAAGGUCACCCGCAACCUCAGACAGGUGACCAUCUCGGUGGACGGCAUCCUGACCACCACGGGCUACACCCAGGAGGACUACACCAUGCUGGGCUCUGACGACUUCUUCUACGUGGGAGGGAGCCCCAGCACGGCUGACCUGCCGGGCUCACCGGUCAGCAACAACUUCAUGGGCUGCUUGAAAGAGGUGGUGUACAAGAAUAACGAUGUGCGGCUGGAGCUGUCUAGACUGGCUAAACAGGGAGACCCCAAGAUGAAGGUUAGCGGCGUGGUGUCCUUCAAGUGCGAGAGCGUGGCCACGCUGGAUCCCGUCACCUUCGACACGCCCGAGUCCUUCGUGGCGCUCAGCAAGUGGACGGCCAAGAAGGCGGGCUCCAUCUCCUUCGACUUCAGGACCACCGAGCCCAACGGCUUGAUGCUCUUCAGCCACGGGAAGCCCCGGCAGAUACAGCGCAAGGACCCUCGCACACCGCCCACCAUCAAGGUGGACUUCUUUGCCAUCGAGAUGCUGGACGGCCACCUGUACCUGCUGCUGGACAUGGGCUCCGGAACCACCAAGACCAAAGCCAUCGACAGGAAGGUCAAUGACGGGGAGUGGUACCACGUGGACUUCCAGAGAGACGGACGCUCAGGGACCAUCUCGGUGAACAGCGUGAGAACGGCCUACACGGCGCCCGGAGACAGCGAGAUCCUGGACCUGGAUGAAACGCUUUACCUCGGGGGUCUUCCCGAGGACCGUGCCGGACUCAUCUUCCCCACGGAGGUGUGGACGGCGCUGUUGAACUACGGCUACGUGGGCUGCAUCCGCGACCUGUUUGUGGACGGCCAGAGCAAAGACAUCCGGCGGCUGGCUGAGGCCCAGCGGGCCGUGGGCGUCAAGCCGUCGUGCUCCCGGGAGCUGCCCAAGCAGUGCCUGUCCAACCCCUGCCAGCACAACGGCGUCUGCCGCGAGGGAUGGAACCGCUACGUCUGCGACUGCUCGGGCACCGGGUACCUGGGACGCUCCUGCGAGAGAGACGCGACCAUCCUGUCGUACGACGGCAGCAAGUUCAUGAAGGUGCAGCUGCCCAUGGCCAUGCACACGGAGGCGGAGGACGUUUCGCUGCGGUUCCGCUCGCAACGGGCCUACGGCGUUCUCAUGGCGACCACGUCCCGCAACUCGGCCGACACUCUGCGCCUGGAGCUGGACGGUGGCCGCGUGCGCCUCACCGUCAACCUAGACUGUAUCAGGAUAAACUGUACCGCCAGUAAAGGCCCAGAGACCAUCUUUGCGGCCUCGGGUCUCAAUGAUAAUGAGUGGCACACGGUGCGGGUGGUCCGGCGCGGCAAGGGCCUCAAGCUCACCGUGGACGACCUGCAGCCCGUGGAAGGUCAAAUGGCGGGCGACCACACGCAGCUGGAGUUCCACAACGUGGAGACCGGCAUCGUGACGGAGAAGCGCUUCAUGCCGGCCGUGCCGUCCAACUUCAUCGGGCACCUGCAGGGCCUGGCGCUCAACGGCAUGCCUUACAUCGACCUGUGCAAGAACGGCGACAUCGACUACUGCGAGCUCAACGCCGUCAUCGGCUACAAGAGCAUCGUGGCCGACCCGGUCACCUUCCGCUCGCGCUCCAGCUUCGUCACGCUGCCCACGCUGCAGGCCUACUACUCCAUGCACCUCUUCAUGCAGUUCAAGACCACCUCGCCCGACGGCUUGGUCCUCUUCAACCGCGGCGACGGCAACGACUUCAUCGUGGUGGAGCUGGUCAAAGGAUACCUUCACUACAUCUCGGACCUGGGCAACGGGGCUCACCUGAUCAAGGGCAACUCCAACAGCCCCCUGAACGACAACCACUGGCACAACGUGCACAUCUCCCGGGACACCAACAACCUCCACACCGUCAAGAUUGACACCAAAGUCACCACGCAGACCACCAUGGGCGCCAAGAACCUUGACUUGAAGGGUGACCUGUACAUCGGGGGCGUGUCCAAAGAGAUGUACCGGGAUCUCCCAAAGCUGGUGCACUCACGCGAGGGCUUCCAGGGCUGCCUGGCCACGGUGGACCUGAACGGCCGACUGCCCGACCUGCUGGCCGACGCGCUGGCCACCGUGGGACAGGUGGAGCGGGGCUGCGAAGGUCCCAGCACGACGUGCCAGGAGGACUCGUGCUCCAAUCAGGGCGUUUGCCUGCAGCAGUGGGAGGGCUUCACCUGCGACUGCAGCAUGACGUCCUACGCCGGUCCUCUCUGCAACGACGCCGGCACCACGUACAUUUUCGGCCGUGAUGGCGGCGUGGUGGUUUACACGUGGCCCCCCAACGAGCGCCCCAGCACCCGGGCCGACCGGCUGGCGCUGGGCUUCAGCACGCAGCAGAAACACGCUGUCCUGCUGCGGGUGGACAGCGCGUCCGGCCUGGGAGACUACCUUCAGCUGCAGAUAGACAAGGGCAACAUCCGCGUGGUUUUCAACGUGGGCACGGACGACAUCAACAUCGAGGAGAGCUCCAAGUUUGUCAACGACGGGAAGUACCACAUCGUGCGCUUCACGCGCAGCGGCGGCAACGCCACGCUGCAGCUGGACGACCUGCCCGUCAUCGAGCGCUACCCCUCAGGCAACAUUGAUAACGAGCGCCUGGCCAUCGCCAGACAGCGAAUCCCCUAUCGGCUCGGUCGAGUAGUUGACGAUUGGCUACUCGACAAAGGUCGCCAGCUGACCAUCUUCAACAGCCAGACCACGGUGCGCGUGGGCAGCGGCGAGCGGCGCGCCGGUAUGUUCCAGGGCCAGCUCUCGGGCCUCUACUACAACGGCCUGCGCAUCCUCAACAUGGCGGCCGAGGGCCACGCGCACAUCCGCGUGGAAGGCAGCGCCCGGCUGGUGGGCGACAUGCCCUCCUCCUCCAUCACGCCGCAGUCCAGCGCCUCCGCCGCCGGGGGCGCCUCCGCCAACCGCUCCGACUCUUCACCCGCCGCCGGGGACGUCGCCACCACCACCACCGCCAGCAACAGGAAGCUGGGCGCCACGCAGCAGUCGGCAGACGACAUCCUGGUGGCGUCGGCCGAGUGCCCGAGCGACGACGAAGACAUCGACCCGUGUGAUCCAAGCUCAGCACGCCCCCCCCUCCCGGAGGUGAAGGUGUUCCCCGGCCCGUCGGAGGUGGUGCGCGAGAGCAGCAGCACCACGGGCAUGGUGGUGGGCAUCGUGGCGGCGGCGGCCCUGUGCAUCCUCAUCCUGCUCUACGCCAUGUACAAGUACCGCAACCGCGACGAGGGCUCGUACCACGUGGACGAGAGCCGCAACUACAUCAGCAACUCGGCCACGCAGCCCAACGGCAGCGCCAAGGACAAGCCGCUCGGCAUCACCAAGAUCUCCAAGAACAAGAAGAACAAAGACAAGGAAUGCUCCGCAGACAUGACGACACAAAAGCAGAGCCCGGGAGAGAAAAGUCGGGGGACACCCGGCCGGGAUUUAUCGGCAGCCAGAUGCGUAAUUAUUCACACCUUUCGGGGAAAAAAGGGAAGAAUUCCUCCUAAUCCGCCCGUAAUUUACACGCGCAUGUGGAAUUGUGAUCGUAAAUAUUGAACAGGUUUAACAUUUGCAAUUUUCCAAGCAGCAGAUAAUCCCUCCCUCUAAUCCUUCGUUUGAUAAUCUGCCCAACGCUGAUUUGGAAUGAAAAGAGAGGAAAGGUGCUCAAAUUUGGCCCAAUCAUGGGGAUGAGCGUUGCUUGCUUUAUUGUAGUCAGCCUCGCGCAGUAUUUCUGGGACCCUUUUAAGUUCUGCUCCUAUGGGAUUCCUUCAAAGGUCAACAAUGGACAUUUUUUUUCCCUUUAUGGGCAUGAAGCACAUAACGGAGAAAGAGUAUGGGAGCACAAAAAAAUAAAAAAAAUCAUGCCAGCCCCUUCAAGUAUCUUCCCAUCAACAAGAACAAAAGGAACAAGCACACGAGCAACGGGACGGGAAAUCAGGGUGAGGCCAAAAGCCGCCGGAUGCUUUGUGUGGGACAGAAAAUGUGCGGCGGGUUUUUCCCCCCCCCCGGGAGACUUUACAUGCUACCUACACACGUAACAUACUGGAUGAGGACCUGCACUUUCUUCAAAAGAAGACCACAGCGAGGAUGAUGAAGUUGACGGAAGUUCUGACUCUCUGAGGAGUUGUUUGUCCUUGCACGUGAAAUUGUGGAUUUGUACCGCAAACAGGCGGAGGAGACACCGCCACCAUCUUAGAAAUACAAUCGCGGCAGAGACAAAAUGUCCUCCAUGGAGCCUGUGGACAAAACUUGGGUUGACGCAUUGGCUCUAACCUCCUUUUUGUCAUUUUUGUUCGUUUUUGAUUUUUGCUCACCCCCCCGACCCCAACCCUGAACAUGAUGUACAGUGGUACCUUGAAUUGCAAAUUUAAUUCAUGCUCAAAUCCAUCCAAUGGAAAUUCCAGCCCACUAAAAAAAAAACAAAGACCCAACAAAAACUUUAGUGCAUUUUAGUAUAAAAAGAAAAAAAAAGCUUCGAUGAUUUACAUUUGCAAAUUGUCUAAACUGUCCACUCUUCUUUUCAGCACCCGUGGGUAGCAAAAAAAAAUAAAUACAAAAAGUGUGAGCACAAAACCCAAGAGUGAGCAA